CCUACGCUGUUUUACACUAUUGUAAUAUUUAUUACUUGGGUUCGUAUUAUUCGUAUCGUGUUCGCUGUUGUCUGCUUGACGUUCCUACAGAUUGUUAAUAAUUGUAUUGCAUCAACCGUAUACUCUUGUUUUCAUUGUUUAAAUUGUUUUAAAUUAUAAUACAAUGAGUGAUUGUGAUUCUUCAACCGAAGUCGAUCAUGUUGCAGAUUUAGAAGAACCAAUUUUACCCUGGACAAAUUAUCAAAAAUAUUUUAAAGUAUUAAGAGUCAUUGAGGAUAAUUUUUUUUACAAGAAGCUGAAAGUGAAGUUGUGUCGAUACAAAGUAUGUUUGUUAGGUUAGGUUAACCUUGUUACAAGGUGGAUUCACGUUCAAACUCUAAUAUAAGAAAACAUUUAAGCGUAAGUACAAUGUUAAUUUCAUACCUGCCUAUGACAGGUGACCCUCAUCUAAUAUCUUGUGUGUUAAAUUAAUUUUAAAUACCACACAAAUACCUAAUAUAUUACAAAAAUACAUCAAAAAUAGUGGCGCACAGCUUUUUAAAAGUCAAAUUUCAAGUGCUUAAGAUGUAUCAUAGAUCUCAUUAUUCUACGUUAUUCUAUAUUAUGUAUUUUCCUGGGCCCCCACAUGAGUCAUCUCAGAGGGGCCCAGUAUUCUUGUGUAACAAUAAAUUAACUAUUCAAAGUAAGAAUGUGUAUUGUUUAUUUUUAUUUUUUGUUUUAUUAAAUAGUUUUUAGUUGCAGCAUUAACAAGAGUAGUUGAUAUUUACAUGACUACAUGACUAUAUACUGAUACAUUGCUAUAUAGUGAACGAUACGGUUGUUAAUGAUUUAGAAGAAAUCAACGCAUUCAACUUGAACAUUCUAAAUGAUGAAGACCAUGAUUUGCCAUAUGCAUUACCAAAACACCAUCGAUGUUGUGCACACACAAUAAAUUUAAUAGCAACAAUGGACUCUAAAAAAGCUUUGUCUAAUCUUGCAUACAAAAAACAGUCAAGAAGCACUUUUGCCAAGUCUACCGCUUUGUGGAAUAAACAAGGUCGCUCAACUAAGUCAGCUGAUUUAUUUAAACGAAAUCUUGGUGUUUAUUUAAUUACACCCAACAAGACACGUUGGAAUUCACUGUAUGAUGCAGUGGUGUUGCUUAAUAAAUAAAUUAAAAAUAAUGAACUUAAGUUUAGAAUAAUAAUGGACAAAUUGGCUAUUGGCAGAUUUUUUAUGAAUAUUUCUAGAUUUGAUAGAAGUGAUAUUGAUUUCAUGUGUCAAUAUCAAACAAUUAUGGGGCCUAUUUCAAUAAGCUUGGAUUUACUCCAGGGUGAUAUUAACAUGUACUUUGGUCAUCUCCUACCUACAUUUGAAGUAUUUAUUUAUAAAUAUGAAUUAAUGAUAAGUGAUCAAACAGUUUCUAAUUAUUUGAAACCUCUGGUUACUGCCAUACUUAAUGGUAUGAAAACAAGGUUUCCCGAUUAUUUGAUAGAUAAAUUUUUAACAGUGUACCACCCACUAUUUAAAAAAGCAUGGAUUAAAAUUAAUAUAAAAAAAUAAUUGGCAACAGAAUAUUUAAAAGGUGCCUGUUAUGACUUACAUACCAGUGAUAAUGACAGUAAUGAUGUAGAAGAUAACCAAAUGAAAGAUAAUUUAUCUACCUUUUUUACCGGGUCACAAAAUUCCUGAGAGGAAAAAUCAACAGUUAGUGAUGAAAUAGAUAGAUAUUUGGGCACAUCUCCAGCAAAGACUUUAGAAUGUUUGCAUAAUUUACCCACUAUCAAAAAAUUUUCAGGUAUUUUUGAAGUACAACACUCCACUACCUAGCUGUGCAUCAGUAAAGACAGUGUUUAGUGUUGGUGAUGCAACAAUACAAAAAAAGAACAAAUAUGACGGAUCAAUAUUUUGAACAAAUAAUGUUCUUAAAAUGAGACACUCAAAUGUUUGAUUAAUAUUAUAUAUUAUGAAUGAUUCAGAA